GCUGUUUUUCGCUCUGCUUCAUACCAAUCUCACAGCGGAUCAAUUCGGAGGAACAAAUCGGGACCUUAGAAGGUUUUUGGUGGAAUACUGCGCAGCAUCCGCUACUCUCUAUCGUUUAGCGCCAUCUUCAAGUCCCUCUUGCAUUCCUGGACUCCUAUUGUUUUUAACCCGUCCGUGACGAAUCAAGCUAAGGUUACACACUAAAGAAUAAAAAACAAUGGAUAAAGCGGAGCUUAUUCAGAAGGCCAAGUUGGCGGAGCAAGCCGAGCGCUACGAUGACAUGGCCGCCUCGAUGAAGGAGGUAACGGAACAGGGGGGCGAGCUGUCAAACGAGGAGAGGAACCUGCUAUCUGUCGCAUACAAGAACGUGGUCGGAGCACGGCGGUCGGCAUGGAGGGUCAUCUCCAGCAUCGGACAGAAGACGGAGGGAAGCGACAAGAAGCUUGCAAUGGUCAACGAAUACCGGGAGAAGGUGGAGGGCGAGCUGAGAGAUAUCUGCAACGACGUACUGGAACUGCUGAAUAAAUAUUUAAUUGAGAACUCCACAAAUGCUGAAAGCAAAGUAUUCUAUCUUAAGAUGAAGGGCGACUACUAUAGAUACCUUGCCGAAGUCGCCUCUGGGGAUGACAAAACAGCAACCAUAGAGCACUCUCAGGAGGCGUACCAGCAGGCGUUUGACAUCAGCAAGAAGGAGAUGGACCCCACGCAUCCCAUCCGCCUGGGCCUGGCCCUCAACUUCUCAGUCUUCUUCUACGAGAUCCUCAACUCUCCAGAGAAAGCCUGCUCACUGGCCAAACAGGCAUUUGAUGACGCCAUUGCAGAGCUGGACAAACUGAACGAGGAGUCAUACAAAGACAGCACUCUCAUCAUGCAGCUGCUCAGAGACAACCUGACAUUAUGGACAUCCGACAACGCGCCUGAAGAAGGCGAGGCUGGAGAAGCCGGCGAAGCCGGAGAGAACGAGAACUGAAACUCACACAGGGUCAUCUCUCCU